GCAGCAGCAGCAGCAGCAGCAGGAGGAGGAGGAGGAGGCGAAAAGGAGGAAUGGAGAAAAGGAGGGGGACACCCACCCUGCAGAGCUUCGCUCUUUGUCUGAAGCCCGCCGAGUCCGACGCACACAACACCUCACGACGCCGCCGCCGCCGCGCAAGGUUACGAGCUGCUUGCUCCUCCACCCCGAUAAGAGAACAUUCGGCGAAUGGCUUGAGCGGGGACUCGUGGCUGCGUGCUUUUCGGUGGACGACGUUUUGUAGAGAAAAAAAAAACUCAAAAAAGGAGAGAGAGAGAGAAAGAAGAGAGCCGGAGCAGCGAAGCAGGAGCAUCGCGACCACAAGAUCUGAGAAGUUGGCCGCAGCCGGACCGGCAAGAUGAGCUGGAGCUUCCUCACGCGUCUCUUGGACGAGAUCUCCAAUCACUCCACCUUCGUGGGCAAGAUCUGGCUGACGCUGCUGAUCGUCUUCCGCAUCGUGCUGACGGCGGUGGGCGGCGAGUCCAUCUACUACGACGAGCAGAGCAAAUUUGUGUGCAACACGCAGCAGCCCGGCUGCGAGAACGUGUGCUACGACGCCUUUGCGCCUCUCUCGCACAUCCGCUUCUGGGUCUUCCAGGUGAUCAUGAUCACCACGCCCACCAUCAUGUACCUGGGCUUCGCCAUGCACAAGAUCGCGCGCAUGGAUGACGCGGACUACCGGCCGCGGGCCCGCAAGCGCAUGCCCAUCGUGAGCCGCGGAGCCAACCGCGACUACGAGGAGGCCGAGGACAACGGCGAGGAGGACCCCAUGAUCCUGGAGGAGAUCGAACCCGAGAAGGACAAGGAAGUGGAGGAGAAGCCGAGUAAAAAACACGACGGGCGGCGACGUAUCAAGCGGGACGGCCUGAUGAAGGUGUACAUCUUCCAGCUGCUGUCGCGCGCCGUCUUCGAGGUGUCCUUCCUGUUCGGCCAGUACGUGCUGUACGGCCUGGAGGUGGCGCCGUCCUACGUUUGCACCCGCUCGCCCUGCCCGCACACGGUGGACUGUUACGUCUCGCGCCCCACCGAGAAAACCAUCUUCCUGCUCAUAAUGUACGCCGUCAGCGCCUUGUGCCUGCUCUUCACCGUCCUGGAAAUCCUCCACCUGGGCAUCAGCGGCAUCCGCGACUGCUUCUGCGGACCGCGCGCGCGGCCCCCCACCCCUCGCCACUCGGCGUUGGCCAGCCAGAGGUCCUCCAUCUCCCGGCAGCCUUCGGCGCCUCCGGGCUACCACGCCGCGCUCAAGAAGGACGCGUCGGGCAAACUGGGCUUCCGGGACAACCUGGCCGACUCGGGCCGCGAGUCCUUUGGCGACGAGGCUUCGUCGCGGGAGCUGGACAGGCUGCGCAGGCACCUGAAGCUGGCUCAGCAGCAUCUGGACAUGGCCUACCACAACGAGGAGCUCAGCCCGUCUCGCAGCAGCAGUCCCGAGUCCAACGGGACGGCGGCCGAGCAGAACAGACUCAACUUUGCCCAGGAGAAGCAGACCGCCGCGUCCGACAAAGGUAUGCGUGCGUAGGCAGUGGUCACCACCAGCCCAGCUGACACUGGAAACUGGAGCUGACAUCAGGAUCGGUGAUUGGACAUAAGGGAAACCAACCUGAAUUUGAAUGUGUGUGUGUGUGUGUGUGUGUGUGUGUGUAUACGUUUGUCCGUAUGAAUGAGAUGCGGUGACCUUGAGGCGUAUGAUGUCAGCCCCGAGCAAUAUCAGUGUUACAGCCGGUCCAAGGUCCAAAAAAGGAGGAGAAUAGUGGUCUCAACCUGACAUUACUUGAGACAAAAAAGAAGAUCCAAAGUGCUUUUUGCGAUAAACCGUUACCAUGAACGUCUCCCUCAGGGCAGCUACUUAUUUUUUUCUUUUUUACAUUUCUAUAUAUUAUAUAUCUUUGUUAUAUGAGAUUUAGAGCUAGUCACAAGUUAAGAGUUGCAACUGUGGGAAGUUCAGUCAAAUGCAUCUCAGCUUUAGAACUGGAAUUCCACUUUUUUUUUUUUUUUUUUUUUUUUUGGUGGGGGUGUGUAUGAGAAAAACCAGGAAUAGUGUGAAUGGUGAGCAAAGUUUAAUGGAUGAGGCACCGCGCUGAAAAAGGAAGGUACUGGACCAAUGGUUGCGUCACACCAAGGCUCUCAAGUGUGUUUUGAUACUGUUGUUGUUUUCUUGGCAAUGUUGCACCAGCUUUGCAAACGUUCUGGAGGUGCCUCCGCCCAAAGACAAAAACAAACCUGGGUAAUGCUUGAAAAAUGCGGAACUCUUAAUAUUGUUCUUUAUUUUUUUCGAUGGUCUUGUAAAAAAAAA